GAGGUCGAGUUCCCCUGGUUUCAUAUGCUGUUAUUAGUGAGGUCGAGUUCCCCUGGUUUCAUAUGCUGUUAUUAGUGAGGUCGAGUUCCCCUGGUUUCAUAUGCUGUUAUUAGUGAGGUCGAGUUCCCCUGGUUUCAUAUGCUGUUAUUAGUGAGGUCGAGUUCCCCUGGUUUCAUAUGCUGUUAUUAGUGAGGUCGAGUUCCCCUGGUUUCAUAUGCUGUUAUUAGUGAGGUCGAGUUCCCCUGGUUUCAUAUGCUGUUAUUAGUGAGGUCGAGUUCCCCUGGUUUCAUAUGCUGUUGUUAGUGAGGUCGAGUUCCCCUGGUUUCAUAUGCUGUUAUUAGUGAGGUCGAGUUCCCCUGUUCCCUGAUUUUCUUUUUUCAAUAACUUAAAUCAUGAAGUGUCAUGAAUUUCUGCAGAAUGGGUGGAUGGCUGUAUUUGUUACCCUGUUAAGUUGUGUUUAUUUGUUAAUGCGAAUCUAUACAGUUAUAGUGCACAGCAAAUGUAGGUUGUGUUGUACAAAUGGCAAUAAUUGCUAUUUGAAUAGAAAGAAUAAUUUAAUCACCCUCAAGUUAAUGGUGGUUUUAUAUUCUGCAGGCAGGGGGCGCUACAGUUCAUUCUUACGUGGGAUUCGGGAGUCCUAUAAAUUAAAUAUUGUAGUCCGUAAUAAACGGUGUAUUAUGCAAAUCUUUAUAUUUAUACACAACACACAGUUUAAUACCGAUUGAAUAAGUAAAUACAAUCAUUUGAGCGUUAAAAUGCAGUAGCCCACUCUGAAAUCUAAUAUCAUGGAUUGUAUUAUAAGGAGCUAUUAUUACAGCAACCUUUAAUAGUUGAUGUAGGCCCAGCUAACUCAUGCAAACUUAUGCAAAUAAUUAAGAGUAAAAUAUUAAACCGCCAACAGGGGGACAGUCUCUAAAAGCAGUUAGUUUUACAUCUUCGUGAUGUCAUUCUCUGUUGGAGCAUUUCGCGGCAGCAGCAGGCGACACAGGUUGGGGGAAUAACGAGAGAGAGGGGGGCAGUUGACAGUUUACCAGGCGUAAAAGACUGGGAAACGAAGCCAAUAAACGAGCUACAACUUAAAGGACGAAAGCAGCUGUCCGUCAACCUCUCCCAAAACCCAGUCAUGUUAUCUUUAUCCGUUAGGAUAUGUUUUUAUUCUGAAUAGACUAUUAUUCUCCAAUUACAUCGUUCUCUUCUAGCAGAACAUCCCAGGAUAGGAUAGAGUGGAUGUUAUUGUAAUAAUAGCCAUGAAUUCGGCGGAACAGACGGUAACGUGGCUGAUAACGUUGGGGGUCUUGGAGUCACCGAAAAAGACAAUUUCUGACCCUGAAGGAUUCCUGCAGUCUUCUCUCAAAGAUGGGGUUGUCCUGUGCAAGCUGGUGGAGCGAUUGCGCCCUGGUUCGGUUGAGAAAAUCUUCCAAGAACCAAGGAAUGAUAGUGAGUUCCAGAGCAAUAUAAAGGAGUUUCUGAAAGGCUGCGGGUCCUUCCGAGUGGAGCCAUUUGAGGUCAAUGACCUUCUCCAGGGACUGAACUUCACCAAGGUGCUCAACUCUCUGGUGGCACUGGCCAAAGCCACCGAGGACAUAGGAGUGGGCAGUGACUCUGUGUGUGCGCAUCACUCGUCCUCGUUACGGAUCAAGUCGUUUGACUCUCUGAACACUCAGUCUCCCCGCGGACGCUCCUCCAAACUCCUCCACAACCAGUACCGCAGCCUGGACAUGUCGGAGAGCGGUGGGCAGCGGGUACUGGUGAGGGCCAAGUUCACCUUCCAGCAGACCAAUGAAGACGAGCUGUCCUUCAACAAGGGUGACAUCAUCAGUGUGUCACGCCAGGAAGACGGCGGCUGGUGGGAGGGCUCGUUCAACGGCAACAAGGGCUGGUUCCCUAGCAACUAUGUCAAGGAGGUCAAAGGCAGCGACAAACCAGUGUCUCCUAAGUCUGGCACCCUCAAAAACCCUGUGAAAGGCUUUGACACACCAGCUGUCAGCAAGACCUACUAUAACCUGGUGCUCCAGAACAUUCUAGAGACCGAGACCGAGUAUUCCAAGGAGCUCCAAAGCCUACUGACCUCAUACCUGCACUCAAUGCAACCCACAGACAAGUUGAGCAGUGCAGACGUCAGUCACAUCCUGGGGAAUCUGGAGGACAUCUCUACCUUCCAGCUGAUGUUGGUUCAGUCCUAUGAGGAAUGUACCAGGCUUCCAGAGAGCCAGCAGAGAGUAGGGGGCUUCUUCCUCAACCUGCUGCCCCAGAUGAAGGCUCUCUACAUGGCCUACUGCUCCAACCACCCCUCGGCUGUCAACGUCCUCACAGAACACAGUGAGGAGCUGGGGGAGUUUAUGGAGGGGAUGGGAGCCAGUAGUCCAGGUAUCCUGACCCUCACCACUGGUCUCAGUAAACCCUUCAUGAGGCUGGACAAAUACCCUACACUGCUGAAGGAACUGGAGAGACACAUGGAGGAGCAUCAUCCUGAUCGACCAGACAUCCAGAAGUGUUUGACCUCCUUCAAAAGCCUCUCUGCUCGGUGUCAGGAGGUGAGGAAACGUAAGGAGCUGGAGCUGCAGAUUCUAACUGAGACGAUCAGACGCUGGGAGGGAGAUGACAUCAGAACCCUGGGCCCUGUCCUGUACAUGUCUCACACACUCUGCCACACACACGGAUCAGAGGAGAAGAGUGAACGCUACCUCCUGCUGUUCCCAAAUGUUCUCCUACUGCUGUCUGCCAGCUCCAGAAUGAGUGGAUUCAUCUACCAGGGUAAGCUGCCAUUGACAGGAAUGCUUAUCUCAAGGAUAGAAGAUUGUGAGGUGGUCAAAAACGCUUUUGAAAUAUCAGGAAGUACGUGUGAGCGGAUGCAGGUGGUGUGUAACAACCAGCAGGAUUUGCAGGAGUGGGUGGAGCAUCUGUCGAGACACACUCAGAUCAGAAACGCCCCCUCCGUGAUCAUGACCACACCCACCGCCAAGCCCCAGUCUGUCCCCUGCCACACGCUCCCGUCCCAUCCCCUGACCCCCUCCAGACACUCAGAGAGUAGGGGUGUAUCUGGGGGCCCUGCCUACCACACCCUACCCCACCCCUCCUCCCACGGGGUCCCUCAAACCCCCCCCAUGUGGGGUCCCCUGGAGCCCCCCAGCACCCCCAAACCCUGGAGCCUCAGCUGCCUCCGCCCCGCGCCCCCACUCAAGCCCUCGGCAGCACUUUGCCAUAAAGAGGAUAUGAGUAAAAGUCCUAAGAGUAUGAAGAAGCUGCUGCCUAAACGUAAACCUGAGAGGAAACCUUCAGAUGAGGACUUUGCUACCAGGAAGAGUACUGCAGCUCUGGAGGAGGAUGCCCAGAUCCUGAAAGUGAUCGAGGCCUACUGCACCAGCGCCAAAACACGACAGACACUCAACUCAACAUGGCAGGGUACUGAUUUGAUGCAUAACCACGUGCUGGCCGAGCCAGUUGACCGGUCCAGUGUGGACACUAUAGGUUGCCGUAGCAGCCUGUCCAGAGGGACCGAGCCCUGGUCUGACCUAUCAGAGGACUCGGAUUAUGACAGUAUAUGGACCGCCAGUAGUUACAGGACCUCCUCCGCUUCUCGAUCCAGGGAGAAGUCAGGUCUGCACAUGCUCUUCCCUGAGGAGGAGAAGAUCAUCGUGGAGGAGACCAAGAGCAACGGACAGACUGUCAUCGAGGAGAAGACUCUAGUAGACACGGUGUAUGGGCUGAAGGAUGAAGUACAGGAGCUGAAACAGGACAACAAGAAGAUGAGGAGGACCCUGGAUGAAGAGCAGAAAGCCAGGAAGGAGCUGGAGAAGAUCCUGAGGAGAGUCCUGAAGAACAUGAAUGACCCCACCUGGGACGAGACCAACCUGUGAGUACUCGGGUGACAUCGCAUCAACAUGGUUGGGUUCGGGCUCCACCGGGACUGGACCAAAGUUGUUAACCACAAAGCCAUCUGACGUAACACUGUGAACUGACACACUGUGGAACACUGAUCUGUCACUGUUGUAAGAGACUGGGUGUGGUCCAAUGUCAAAACAGCCAAUGAAAAUGCAACGUAGCACCCCUGAAUCACUCUGGAAGACUAUUGGCUGCGGCAUGGACCUCAGACCUUUGUGUUGAUCUGGGAUUGGAAAGAGGCUGGAACAAUCACACUAGUGAAGAUACGUGGUUUGCUCUUCUCAUCUUUGCUGAUCUGCACUCGUAUGUGCAGUAGGUCCCUAGUGCCUACAAAGGGAUUUCCUUCCACCUGUCCAGUUUUAUGCAGAGGAAAGGUAGCCACGGUAGACUAUUGAGAUGCAACCCAGACGAUUUUGACAGAUGAUGAUUUUGUCACUGCCUGCAUUACCCUGCUGCCAAGCUCCUCAACACCCCCACCCUCCUCUUAUCCCGCUCUGGUGCAUCUCCCUGUCCAUUCCUCUGAGCCUUGUAGGAGCCUAUGGCCAACACACAGAACAGCAUAACCUCUAGCUCAUUCUGCAUGUUUCCAUGGAAACCUUAGCAAUCCAAUACUGGAACGUUUUCAGGUGAUUUUUGUGGCUUUCUGAUGAUGAUUAUUUGAAAUAUUCUGGAUGACCUAUUUCUUGUUUGUUACUGUUAUUUUACCGGAUAAUGGACUUUCUAUUUUAAUGCUUUCCUGAAAACACUGUAUUUCUACUUUUGCUUUUCUACUUCUUUGUCACUUAUGAUUUGUACAGAAACGAACCGUAGCGUCUCAAAUUAAUAUCAUGAAAUGUGCCUUCGGGAAAUUAUUCCAUGAUAUUAGCUUACAUUUCUGGCAGGCUUUUCAGUUUAAAAUACUUCAAAUAUUCCAAUGCAAUAUUGAUUCCAAUGAUGAACACUAACGUAAGCUACUUAUCUAACUAUUUCAGAUUCUAUGUUAUGUCUGUAAUUUAUGUAUUUAAAUGAAAUUGACUGAGAAAGGUAUUAUGCACUCCUUAAGUUUAUUGUUCAGUGAAAACCUCCCUCCAUAUCCCUCUAUUUAUUACCUCUUCUCAGCUCGUCUCUGAAUUAAACCAGUAAACUGAAUCUCUUGUGUAUCUGAAUACUUGCGACGACUGACAUGUUGUUUUAACCAUCUUAGUUGAAAGCACUGGCUGUAAGUUGCCUCUGAAUAACAGUGUCUGCUUAAUGACCUAAAUGUGAUGUAGCCUUUGUCCUGCAUAGUGCUGUCACUUCAAAUGAAUCAGACAGUUCUCAUUGGAUACCUAUCAGUGGUAGAUUCAGGUGGAAAUGUACUCUAAACAGUCCAGGAAUGGUGACAGUGACCACGUUUCCAUGCGCACAGUAUUCUGGACAGUAGCUCAUAUCCCGCUUAAGGUCUUAUUGGGAAUAAGCUGUUUACUUGCACCUGUUGAUAUCCCGCUCACGAGUAUCCCUGUAUCCAUGAAUAAACACAAUAUUCCUCAUUUAAGUUAUGGGUAAAAUGGAAUAGUAACUGAACUCUGGACACUGACUGUAGGCCUAUACCCUCUCACAUGUAAUAUAAUAACUGCUGUGGAAUUAUACAUUUGUUGCAGUGAAACAAUACAACAGUUUUGUCUCGGGAACAGGAGUGGAGAAAUAUGAUUUCUUUCUUUCAGCAUCUUUUGAGAAAAUGUGAGUGUAACAUGUUACCUUUGACACUGUUAUGCCAGCAGACAGUAUUUCAACCACAAAAUAUGCACCCAAGAUCAACUGAAGUCUUAUCAGAAACGUGUUUCAUGGUUUUCUCAGCUUUUCAUUUUCUUAAAACCGGUCAAACUGAUGACAAUUGGAUAUUUCGUACGAGAACAAACUUUCUGUUAUUGUGCAUUUUCUCCCGAUCCCUAAACAAAUCAGAAGUUAACUAGAUUACUAAUGCAUUCGUUCUAUCAAUGUAAGACAUUAUUCUGGUGAGCACUACUUUAUUUAGUCUUCUGGGGCAACAAGUUAGGACAGAAGAGAAGCUGUGCCUUUGGAAAGUAUUCAGACCCCUUUUUUGUUACAUUACAGCCUUAUUAUAAAAAGUAUUCAAUUGUUUUUUCCCCUCAUCAAUUUACACACACAAUACCCCAUAAUGACAAAGCAAAAACAUGUUUUUUGAAAUUGUUGCUAAUAUAUUGAAAAUAAAAAACCAAUCACAUUUAUCUAAGUACUCAGACCCUUUACUCAGUACUUUGUUGAAGCACCGUUGGCAGUGAUUACAACCAAGUCUUCUUGGGUAUGACGUUACAAGCUUGGCACACCUGUAUUUGGGGAGUUUCUCCCAUUUUUCUCUGCAUAUCCUCUCAAGCUCUGCCAGGUUGGAUGGGGAGCGUUGCUGCACAGUUAUUUUCAUGUCUCUCCAGAGAUGUUCAAUCAUGUUCAUGUAAAGGCUCUGGCUGUGCCACUCAAGGACAUUCAGAGACUUGUCCCGAAGCCACUCCUGCGUUGUCUUGGCUGUGUGCUUAGGGUUGUUGUCCUGUUGGAAGAUGAACCAGUCUGAGGUCCUGAGCACUCUGGAGCAGGUUUUUGACAAUGAUCUCUGUACUUUGCUCCAUUAUUCUUUGCCUCGAUCCUGACUAGUCUCCCAGUCCCUGCCGCUGAAGAACAUCCCCACAGCAUGAUGCUACCACCACCAUGCUUCACCAUAGGGAUGGUGCCAGUAUUCCUCUAGACGUGACGUUUGGAAUUCAGGCCAAAGAGUUCAAUCUUGGUUUCAUCAGACCAGAUAAUCUUGUUUCUCAUGGCCUGAGAGUCUUUAGGUGCCUUUUGGCAAACUACAAGCAGGCUGUUAUGUGCCAUUUUACUGAGGAGUGGCUUCCAUCUGGCCACUCUACCAUAAAGGCCUGAUUUGGUGGAAUGCUGCAGAGAUGGUUGUCCUUCUGGAAGGUUCUCCCAUCUCUACAGAGGAACUCUAGAGCGCUGUCAGGGUGACCAUCGGGUUCUUGGUCACCUCUUUACAGAAGUAUUCAGACCCUUUGCAAUGAGACUUGAAAAUUGAGCUCAGGUGCAUCCUGUUUCCAUUUAUGAUCCUUGAUGUUUCUACAACUUGAUUGGAGUCCACUUGUGGUAAAUUCAAUUGAUUUGAAAAGGCACACACCUGUCUAUAAGGUCCAACAGUUGACCGUGCAUGUCAGAACAAAAACCAAGCCAUGAGGUCGAAGGAAUUGUCCAUAGACCCCCGAGACAGGAUCGUGUCGAGGCACAGAUCUGCGGAAGGGUAACCAAAACAUUUCUGCAGCAAUGAAGGUUCCCAAGAACACAGUGGCCUCCAUCAUUCUUAAUGGAACCACCAAGACUCUUCCUAGAGCUGGAUGCCCGGCCAAACUGAGCAAUCGGGGGAGAAGGGCCUUGGUCACUGUUAGGAAUUUUGUUAAUAAUAACUAAAACAAUUUCUAGAUUUAGAUAAAAUUAUAACUACUUGAACUCUGCACGCCUAGUGAAAGAGAUUUGUGCCGUGGGUUAUAAAGUAAGCAAAAAGGGUCGUUAAACUAUGGUUGAACUGACCCAACUUAGCCCUGAGAUGUUUAGAUAAGGCAGUGAGUAACUUCUUAGGUCUUCCAUUAUCUUGAGUUGUCUGCUAAAGUGGUAAUAAAUUAUAGUGAGCCUUCAGGAGAAUAAAUUAUAUUGUGUGUCAUGUGUGUGCGCUGGGGAGUUGGAAUGAACUUUUGAACCUGUUUUAUAUUGGUCAAGAGGAGGAGAUUUAUUCUGUAAACCAAUGACGUCAUAUCUUGUAUAUAAACUGUUGUUUAUGGUUAAAUGGGAGCGUGCCCUGAGAAUAAAUACUAUUAUCUAAUUUUAAUAA